AUGGCAAUCCAGCCUGAGUUCGAGUAUGAGGAUGAGUGGGAGGCCUUCUUGGACAAGACUGAUCCAAGGAAGCGCUUGGAGAAGAAGUUUCAGAAUUACACUUGGAGCUUCGGUGUUGACGAGGACGAUGAAGGCUUCACACGAGACUGUGUGCAGCUUGAGGUUCCCACCAGGAGGGAGACGGAGCCGCGGCACGUGCAAGCCAAGCUGACGUCCCGACAUCUCAAGCUGACGGUGCACGGGGAGGACGUCAUCGACGACGACUUCAGCGACGAGCGCUGGCUGAGCGUGGAGGACUCCUACUGGGAGCUCGAGACGAAAACCAACAAAGCCGGCGAGCGCAUCAAGAGCAUCCGGUACCUUCUGUACCUCCGGAAUGACUGUACAAAGUACAUCACCAAGACGCUCUUCGACAAAGAGAAGCAGGAGCUUAGCCCAGCGGAGGACGACAGCGAUGAUGAUACUGCGGACACGCGAAUAAAAGCGAAUCCCACAGAGCGAAGCGCCCAGGAUUCCUAUCGGGUGGGCUACUAUGAUGCAGAGCCUUCGCAGUAUGGUAAAGGCAUGUGCCGGAGUGGCCACUCAAGACGGUUCUGCUGA